GGUUACUCCUGUAGUCUGCUGACAGCAGGCCUGCUUUGAAUCACAACGUGCAACUGAACAUCCUUCCCCAUGGAUAUAAAGUUGGACACUUCAUAGUGUAAAAACAAAGGUAUUUGUUUGGGUUUUGACAGUAGCCAUCAUGGGAAAGAUCAUCUUCUAUGAGGACAGAAACUUUAGAGGCCAUCACUAUGAGUGCAUGAGUGACUGCGCUGACCUGCACUCAAUGUUUGACCACUGCCGCUCCAUACGCGUGGAGAGUGGCAUGUUCAUGAUCUAUGACCGACCCGGUUUCAUGGGGAACCAGUACUUCAUGAGAACGGGAGAGUAUUCUGACUACAUGGGCAUGACCGGCAUGAAUGACUGUGUCCGCUCAUGCCUCAUGAUCCCCUCGCACAAAGGCAGCUUCAGGAUGCAGCUGUACGAGCACUUCGACAUGGGAGGUGAGAUGAUGGAGCUAACCGAUGACUGCCCAAACCUCAUGGGUCGCUUUCACCUCGCCAACUUCAACUCCUGCAACAUCCUGGACGGCCACUGGCUGGUGUACGAGCAACCCAACUACAGGGGACGCCACUACUACUUGAGGCCCGGCCAGUACAAGAGCUUUAGUGAAUGGGAAGGCGCAAACUCCAGGAUUGGCUCCAUCAGACGUCUGAUGGAUCUCUAAGAAAGGGUUCUCAUAAAACGCCUGCUCUUUGCCAUAUUCCACACGCUGAUGAAAAUGACGUCAGUGCUCAAGUGGAUUCAAUUUUGCUCUUGCUCUUUUCAUUUGAAGGGCGACUUCUUCCAGGAAGAUGUAACAUGCUUGGAUAUUCUGACUCUGACCAGAGGACUAAAUAAAAUACUCCCAGUAUUGACUCAUAUCAUGUUCUGAAGCAUUACCUGUAGUAGACAUUCAGUAUCUUCAGCAGAAAAAAACUUUAUUGUCAGACUCCUUUUACUGAGACAGAUGGAUGAUUGAAAAUCAAAAUGGAGGCUUUUCCUUGUUCUUAACUCCACUUUAUGAUAAAAAUAUAUAUUUAAAAGAGUUUGCUUUACCUGAUCUUACAGUGAGAUUCUGACCAACAGGACUCCAACCUAGAAUAACAGACAAAGCACAUUUUGUACUUCUUCCAAAUAUAGAUUUGCAGGGACACAUCCUUUAACACAACAGUUCUACAUGUAAUAUUUCCGGAAAAGUUAAUUCAGCUACUAAUAUGAGAAAAGGUCUUCUGUCUGUAAUCUAAACUCAGUAUGAAUCCAGCUAUUCUUCAAAGUUCUCAGAGGCAUGAUAGAGAAAAUUAGUUGACCAUCAUGAAGACCAAGGAAUUCAGCGGACAAAUCAGAGAAAGCCAAAAGAAUUCCUGUUUGCACUUCACCAUAAGCCAUGAAGGAAACAUGGCAAACAUGUUAAAGAAUGUGUUAGUUAAAACAGUGCAGAAGACAAAAUUAAAAUAACAUAGAGUGCAUCCAGACAGUAUUCACACUGCUUCAGUUUUUCCACAUUUUGUUAUGUUAGAGACUUAUUCUAAGUUCUAGUGAAUGAAUCUCUUUCUUGCACACAUUUUUGGAGUCUCUCUAGAGAAUCAAUAAACAAGCAGUCAACUCCUGCUGAAGAAGCAUUCACAGUGUUUAUAGAAACCUUCAAGUCCGAGGAAGACAUGGAUGAUCAGUGCAGAUUAGGGAUGCAAACAGUUAAUCGACAGUCGAUUGAUGGAACAUCAGAUUAAAAUAUGUUCCAAUUGAUUAGCUAUUAAUGUCUGCGUAGACCUUCUUUCAGUGUUGUGGUGUGGCUGCCAUUCAGAAGAGAUUGCUGCUGGUCAUCCUCAAGCAGAGCCAGUUGGUACAGAAAUAAAGAUGGUGGCCCUUCCCACAGCAUGAAAGAGAAACUGUCCAAAUGGAGUCUGUUGUGGAAUGUAAAGUUCACUUUAUGUGGUUCUGUUUUCAAAUAUAGACACUCAAAAAGCUCCUAUUAUGUUAAUAGCGCUCAUUUAGCUGUGUUGAUACCAUAUGUAAACACAGACGAGUCUUCAAACAAAACACAGAACUACAGUUUUCUCUGUAUUUACAGACUUAAAGUCAAAGGAAAAAAGUAUUUAAGAUUAAACUACAAAAAUAUUACAUUUAGUAUUUCCUUGCAUGUUGAUAAAUAUAACCUUGGGGUAUUUGAGGUGCUCACUGUACAUAUGUACAAUAUGGAAUAAGGCAGUGACAUAACAUAA